GCCAGAGCCUUCUCCUCCGUGGGCAGAGUCCUCGCAAAGAACGACGCCUCCACAAUCGACUCGUUCAAGUUGCCCUCGCAAACAUCGAUCAACGAGUGGGAGUUCAAGUACGAUCUCAUGCCGAAAGUGGCCGGGCCCAAAAUCCCGCCCGUGAGCCCUGAGGCCGUCAAACAGGACAUUGCCCGCACGAAAAAGGAGCAGAUUGAACAGGAAUUGCUCAACAGAGAAUUGCACGCCUCGUUCAAGGUCGAGGCCAACCACGCCAGCGUGCUUCAUGGCGGCGAGCCCGUCAGCGCCGAGCCUCUGUACAUCCAUGAGCGCGGACUGAGUCCCGUGGAUGCCUCGACCCCCACUCUGCGCAAGAAGCUGAAGAUCGCGAACACGCAUAAGUACGUCCAGCUGUCGCUCAACCCCGAAAUCAAUAAUCCUGCCGUUGUCAACUUGGGCCAUGAGAACAAGGUCCACCACAAGACCGCCACUGUCGAGGCGCCCCCUGAAGUCGAAGAC